CUAGACCAUCAUCACUUCUCUCGAUCCAUUAAAUCCACAUCUCCAGACCUCCCAAUCGUCUCGUAGCAUCGUCUCCCAAGAGUCCCAAGUGUCUGCCACAAAUAACACUGCACUCCAUGCUGGGCUCAAAUUGGAACGUGGUACCAGAGGACACCGAUGGACAGUGACACAACUGAGUGGCGGUGGUGACAUGGCUGACCAUUUGGUGCUUGAUGCAGAGGUUUCGCGGUUCACACCCAGCGGCUGCCCCUGUUAAUUACCGAGCGUGUGUUGGCCGCGAGAAUGGCUUAAAUGCCCCCCGAGUGUCCUAAAUUAUGAUUAUUUUUGGAAUAAUGAAUUCAUACUUUUUGCUUCCUAAAAAUUUUACCGUCAAAAUUUACCAACCCUCUAAGUCCCUGUGGCCGCCCGUGGAUCUGCUUUUCUACGUAUUCUAUUCUCGGUUGCGAAAAGCUUCCUCUGCUGCGGACUAAUCUUGCCCACCGUGUAAGGCGAGGGGGUGGGGGGGCGUGGUUCUGUGCGGUGUACUGGCUGGGUACACGAGCGCACGCGCACACGGCCACAUGCGUGCGAAUCGUUCUUUGGUGCCACAGGUCCACGGCCGCGGUGGUGGACGGGCAAAUUCGCGUUCACGCUUGGGGCGGUUGGCUUACAACAUGACGCCGUCUGAACGGACCGAGGGCCGAGUUCUGUCGCUCUUCUGCAUUGCGGCUCUGCUGUCCGCCACUGUGGCAGACCAGGCCUGCCAAAGCUACCCUACACCUGCAAGCGCAACUCUGGGAGGCAGCGUCGACCUCCCCGCGAAUAGUUCAAUCAGCGGAAUCGAUGAAGUGGAACUCGUCUAUAAUAAAAAUGGCACAUUAAAUCGUCUUUUCUCCUGGCACAAAAACGGGAGCGUACCAUCGCGCCGGGCCCGGCAGAAGUACGCUUUCGAGAAUGCGACGUUGCGCAUUCGAAAUAUAGCCGCCAACGACACUGGAGCUUACGAAAUUGCUUUCCACAACUCUCUUUACAUACACCGUUGGUGCUUCAGGCUAAGUAUUGCUGUACCUCCAUCGCCAUUUGACGACAAUUCCUACCCAGGAGGUGGCAAUGCCUCAAGAACAAAGACGCUUGCGUUUAUUUCCAUGGGCGCGGUAGUUUGCGUAUUGGUCAUGUCAGCCGCAGGAGUCGCCUUCUACAAAAGCAGUCGCCUGGGAUGCAAGAUCACCAGUCAAGCUGUGGAGGACGAUGCUGACCUCGACACGGUGUAUAGCACUAUUAACGAGGCCCUGACUGUCGAGCACAUUGAAAUAAAGGAACUUUAUUCCGAAGUCUUUCAGGCUAAAACGAAUUCGCCUUAUGAAUAUGCACAGGUAGACGGAGACAUAAUCAGGAAUGCGCCUAUUGUGAAAAGUGAAGGUCCUUCGUCUAGGUUUGAUGUCCAGACUCCUGCGUAUGACGAUAUAAAGCCACAGAUCAACUUGCAGAGCGACGUCAAUGCCUUCACCCACGCCAACUCGGACAGUGCCAUAACAGACGCCGAGUCGCCGUACGCUGUCGCAGUGGACUGCCUGAGCCCAGAGGAUUCCACGAUGGAUGUGGUCACAGUCAAAGGAACGUCACAGUUAUGAGUGUCCGCGAAUGGCUGCCAAUAGCUCGCGUCGCAUGUGGCGGUGCGUCGUCACGUACGCGCGCGCGGGAUGGCAUGGCGCAGUCGGCAGUCCGUGGGGCGGCCAGAGUCAAAAUCUGUACCCACCGAGAGUAGCAAAUCGUUCGGCCUAUUACUCGAUAAUCCCACUACCCCCUCCGCCCCCCCAACCCGUUUCAAAUGGUCAUCACAUAAAUCGCCAUCGUUGGUCGGGUGAAUAAAUUGGAACCAUUAAAGUGAUGCCACCCCAGGUGGUGGCCGACGAGUGAUGAGAUACCAGUAUGGUCUGGGCCUGUGGACCCACACGGCCUGGUCCCACAUGGCCUGGUCCCGCAUGGCCUGGGUCCCCAUGGCCUGGUCCCGCAUGGCCUGGGUCCCCAUGGCCUGGGUCCCCAUGGCCUGGUCCCGCAUGGCCUGGGCCACAGGCGAGAACAGACGCGGUCGAUUCCAAGUCCGGCGCAACGUGAGCGACACGUAACCCCGGUCUCGAUGCCAAUCCCGAAGACAGUGUCGUAGAUGCGCGAGAUCCCUUUCUACAGUGCAACGUCGCA